AUGCUGUUCUCUUCCACCUUUUUGAACUUGAUCCUGUGCGCGUCAAGCUCUGGUUUUGACGCAGCACUUAGCUAAGAUAGGAGUGGUACUAGGGAUUUUACUAUAGGUUGGUUUGUUCGCAUUUGCAACGCUGCAGUGCGGCGCAGACAGAUGGUACUGUUGCGAAGUGACUGUGCAGCUAUUGUCCUGCGCUUUGAAACUACUCCCUCUCCCCCCUUCUUUCAGCCACUCUGAGCAGCAUCCAGCUACGAGAUGGGAAGAGAGAGACAGCCGGCCAUCACAUCCAAUGGCAACUUCACAAUUAAAUUCUAGCAUCUUUAUAGGGGUUGUUUUUUUUGAAAGCUUUAUAGGGGCUAGUUUGUGUGAGUGAGUUUUGAACAGCAUGGGCUAAUGGCCUCAGUAAAGGGAGCACACACAUACUCUUACACGACAUCUUUCUCCAGUCACAGAUCCCUAUGACCUAUGGAAUGGAUAGGUAUGGGGUUGCCAAGAGUAACAUAUAUAUCCUGUAGCCACACUUUGCAACAUCUAAGUUUGGAUAUAUUUGAUUACUUUAGAUAGAUGUUUAGUUUGCAUUUAGAGUUAUAGUAAGAUUUUUUUUAUGUUGUUGUGGUUUCACGUAUUAGAGCCUUAGAAAAAUGUGACAGCUAUAGUUGUAGUAAGAUUUUGUUUAUGUUGUUGUGGUUUCAUGUAUCAGAGAUUUAAAAAAUGUGGCAAUAUUUUUUUAAGGUAACUUAAGGUGUGGUGAUUUUUUUUUGCCAUAAGUGUGGUAACUUAGAUAAAAACAUUUGACAGACUUAAACAUUUUUAAGGUGUGAACCAAACGGACCCUCUGUACAUAUAUGCGCUCUCAAAUGCAUUAGGAGUAGUACUUGUCCACCAAUUUGCUUUGGCCCUCUCAUUCUUUUUGCUCGGUUUCACGGUCCGGGUCCCUCAUCCCUCUCAUCUCCCUCGUACCUCACUCAUGAAUGUAGUAGCAGUAGACUAGUGUUGCUACAAGUGAAGCAAAGCAAAGCAAAGCACAAAAGAGAGCGCAAGAGAAGAAGCGUUUACGUGUGCAUGGUUGAUGGGAGAAAUGGCUAGUGGCAGCAACUGGUUAGGCUUCUCCCUCUCCCCGCACAUGGCCAUGGAGGCGCCCUCCUCUGAGCCAGCACCUGCUCUUCACCCUCCACCUCCGGCUAGUGCUACGAUCUCCUCUAACAACGCAACCACUUGCAACCUUCUCUUCUCCCAUCCUGCGCAAAUCGCCGCUCUUUCGCCUGGCUACUACUACGUCGGCGGCGCUUAUGGAGAUGACACCAGUGCUGCCGGCGUCUACUACUCCCACCCGCAUCUCCCUGUCAUGCCUAUCAAGUCCGACGGCUACCUCUGCAACAUGGAAGAAGUAGGCAUGAUGGCGUCGUCCUCACCGAAGCUGGAGGACUUCUUGGGUGGUGGCAAUGGCAGUGGGCAUGACACGGCCACCUACUACAGCCACCAGGAGGGCCAAGAAGAGGAGGCAAGCAGGAGUUACCAGUACCAGCACCACCAGCUAGUCCCCUACAACUUUCAGCCUUUGACGGAAGCAGAGAUGCUCCAAGAAGCCGCAGCGCCAAUGGAGGAGGCAAUGGCCGCUGCCAAGAACUUCCUCGUCACGAGCUACGGCGCUUGCUACAGCAACGGGGAUUUGCAGCCGCUGAGCCUGUCCAUGAUGAGCCCAGGGUCCCAGUCUAGCAGCUGCGUCAGUGCGGCUCCGCAGCAGCAUCAGAUGGCUGCUGUAGCCGCUGCUGCCUCUGCGGCCGCUGCCCAGGGGCGCUGUAAUGGCGGUGGUGAGCAGUGCAUGGGGAAGAAGAGGGGCACCGGGAAGGGAGGCCACAAGCAGCCUGUGCACCGGAAGUCCAUCGACACGUUUGGGCAGAGGACCUCACAGUAUAGGGGUGUCACCAGCAGGCACAGGUGGACUGGGAGAUAUGAAGCCCACCUCUGGGACAACAGUUGCAAAAAGGAUGGGCAGACAAGAAAAGGACGACAAGUAUAUCUAGGUGGUUAUGACACUGAAGACAAGGCUGCAAGGGCUUAUGAUCUGGCUGCUCUGAAAUAUUGGGGUCCAUCUACUCACAUCAAUUUCUCUCUAGAAAUAUAUCGAGAUGAGCUUGAGGGGAUGAAAAGCAUGACAAGGCAAGAAUAUGUUGCGCACUUGCGAAGGAGAAGCAGUGGGUUUUCUCGAGGUGCUUCGAUCUACCGAGGAGUGACAAGGCAUCACCAGCAUGGAAGAUGGCAGGCUCGCAUUGGCAGGGUUGCUGGGAACAAGGAUUUGUACCUCGGCACUUACAGCACUCAAGAAGAAGCAGCUGAGGCGUACGACAUAGCUGCCAUCAAGUUCCGUGGCUUGAACGCAGUGACAAACUUUGACGUAACCAGGUACGACGUCGACAAGAUCAUGGAAAGCCACACGUUGCUUCCUGGGGACGAAGCACGUAAGGUCAAAGCGGUCGAGGCAGCAAACGGUGUAUCUGUGAUGCACAAUGGUGGCAGGGAGCUCAACCCUAGAGAAGAAGCAAGCGCCACGGGCACCGACUGGAGGAUGGUGCUCCAUGGAUCUCCUCAGGAAGCUGUACCAUGCACCGAAGCAGCCGAUCUUCAGAAGGGCAUCAUAGGCGACCCUCACUCUUCCCAGCAUGGCAUUGUUGGGCUCGACGUUGAGUGUGCAGCGCAUGACAUCAAUGUUUCAGGCAGGACCGGUGGCAUCAACUUCUCAAACUCGUCCUCGCUGGUGUCAAGCCUCGGCAACUCGAGGGAGGGGAGCCCGGAGAGGUUGGGCCUGGCCAUGCUCUACGCCAAGCACCCGAGCGCCGUCAGCCCUGCCACCAUGAGUCCCUGGAUGCAAAUGCCGGCUCCGACACCAUCACACGUCUUGAGGCCGCCGAAUGCCGUCUCUCAUAUCCCUGUAUUCGCCGCUUGGGCCGAUGCCUAGCUACGCAAGUUGCUGCUCAAUCUUGCUUGUUAUUGGCCCUUUUUGUAAAAGUGAAGCAAGAUUAGUUGCACCCGUUGCCAAUGUUAUGUAAAUUAGCUGGAAUAGCAAACUUGUUUAGUUACCAUGAUGGAGGUGCAACGGAAUGCAGGAUGGUACUAGUCGUUAGUCCCCAGGUCAUGCACAAUUGUAGUGCUAGUGGUAGCGUUCUUUUGAGCCUGUUUUUGGGCAAUUUGGUUGGAAUGUAGUAUGACUUUGAACGUUACAUGAAACAAGGCUGUUCCAAGAAAAGGAAAAGGAAAAGG